AUGUACUUCUCUGUGGCUCUCUUAGCUGUGCUUCCAGCCCUGGCAGCCUCGUCGCCUACCCCGCGACAACGGCGCCAGACCAGCACGAACUCGUCUUCGGGUCUUCUCACCGACAUCAACAUCAUCCAGCAGUACUGGGGUCAGAUCACACCAUAUGCGGACAACGCCGAGGACUACUUUGGAGUCAGCGAUGUUGGUCUACCAGAUGGAUGUCAGGUUGAGCAGGCUCAUCUCCUGCAGCGCCAUGGAGCUCGCUUCCCCGGCGGAACUUUUGACGACGGGCCCAACAAUGCCAACUUCGCGGCAAAGGUCAUGAACUGGACACAAGCCAAUGCUUCGUCCCAAUUUACCGGGCCCCUCAACUUCUUGAAUUCUUACCGCUAUGACCUCACACGAGACUUUCUCACGGGCAUUGGUGCUUCGCAGUCCUUCAUGGCCGGUGUUACUUUCUGGAACCGAUAUGGUCGUACUCUGUACAAUGCUACCCAGGGCCAAGUCGCAUACAACGCAACUUUCGCCAACGGGACAAGCCGGCCCAAAUUGACCCUGAGGACAACGAGUCAGUCUCGGAUUGAGAAUACACAGAUCAGUUGGGCACUGGGGUUCUUCGGACCCAGUUACCAGUUCAUUCCAGACCCAACCCUGGCUAAUUUCACCAACCCAUUCGACCUCGUGGUCAUCCCAGAGGGCGGAACUGAGAACAACACCCUAGCGUCGUACGAUUCAUGUUUCAAUGAUAUCGACCCAGUCACUGGGUACCUGGGAGAUCUGGAUCUGUUGGGCUAUUUGCCUCUUUACCUGUCAGACGCCCAAAGUCGCCUAUCCCAGUACCUUCCAAGCGGGUUUAACCUGACACUCAACGACACGUACGCCAUGCAGAGCAUCUGCGCGUACGAGUCCAACUAUCUAGGCCAAUCUGAUUUCUGCACCCUCUUCACCGAGGACGAAUGGUCUGGAUUCGAGAGUACGCUCGACAUCGAGUACUACUACGACUACUCGUAUGGCAAUCCAACCGGAAGGGCACAAGGUAUCGGGUAUCUGCAGGAGCUGCUAGCGCGGUUGCAGAACCAAUUCAUCACGGUUUCCAACUCGAGCGUGAACAGCAGCCUGACCAACAAUUCACAAACGUUCCCGCUAGGCCAGAAAUUCUACGCUGAUUUCUCGCACGACGACAUUAUCCUCUCGGUGCUCACGGCGGCCUCGCUCGACUACCUCCGCGACCCGCCGUCACUCACAGAAUACCCGCCAAACCCCAACCGGCACUUCAUCCUGUCACACUUGACGCCGUUCUCUGCGCGACUGGUGACGGAGGUGAUUGGAUGCGGCUCCGGCAAUCCGGUGCCCAAGAAUGCGUCGCAGACGCAGUACUACCCUACCCAGUACGGGUACAACCCGAGCAACGCGACGCACAAAUUCAUCCGCAUGCGGCUGAACAACGGCAUCCUGCCACUGUCGACGAUCAGGGGGGGCUACUGCGGCAACCGACCUGACGGCAUGUGUCCGCUGAGCUCAUUCUUGACGAGCCAGGCCAGCUCCUACGAGGCGAGCAACUAUGACUACGUCUGUUUCGGCAACUACACCAUCGACUUCCCGAAUAAUGGCACCGACUAUGAUGGGACACUGUUCAGCGGGAGCGCCAAACAGAACGGAGGGUUGAGGAAGUGGUGA